CAAUUAUUCUCAAAGGCAAAACAUGGCGGCAAUGAGCCCGGGAUAUUAAGGGAGAAAAAUACACAGCUGUGAAAGCAUACAUAAAAGUAGUGCAAUGUGCGGACAAUGAUUUUUCUACGUAUGGUGUACCAAACUGCCUAAAAUUCUAAGAGAAGUCUCAGACUUAAUGUGAACAAGAUUUGGCAACGAUCCAAAAUUCUUUUCAAGGAUUGUGCAAACAAAACUAACGAUGGCACAUCAGCGCCAUUUAGAGAAGGAAAAAUACAGACAAUGGGUGAAGGCUGGACUUGGAUUGACCUAUCUAAGAGAAGGAAUAUCACCUUUUUGUGAUGACAUUGCAAAACAACAGCAUAAAGAAAUUUUAGACAAAAUUGAACAAACAAAUAAGGUAUCAAAAGUAGCAUGUGGUCAAUGCAGUUGGACGACACUUAGACCUGACCAUGCAAAAGGAGGAAACAGAUCAUGUAAGUUAGGUCAAAGAAAUUGCAUCUGCUGCAAUCCUGCUGGUAAAAUUACUUGCCCAAACGAAGUUUGUGGCGCUAUCUAUGACGAAAUUGUGAAAAAACACGGAUCUACCCCGCCAGCACCUUAUUGGAAAAACACUGAGCCACAGCAUUGGUGUACAGAUCCAUGGAGUAUAGCUAAAUGUUUCAUCAACGCCCCCGGAUACGAAAAGAAAGCAUCAGCAGCCGACAUCGAUUGCAUUGGGUUACUACAUCUGAUAAGAAACAACCUAUAUUUUCACAAUUAUAUCCAAUGCACAAUUAAUAAAACCGACAUCUUCUCAAAGGUAAUAGCGGACAGAAACGAGAUAUUCCACUCAAGUACAAUGGAACUAGAAGAAACAGAAGCAAAUAGUUACAUAGAUGAUAUGAUAGCUGUUCUUCAAGAUGGUAAGGAACUGAACAACCGACAGGACGCUAAAGACGCUGUAAAGAAACUUGAAGAACUCAAGAAUAAAGAUUUCAUCAUUACUACUGAAAAUGAAGCACAACUUCUCAGAGAUGUCGCUGAAGAAAUAAGAGAUAUGUUAGAGACAUUUGAAAAUAAAACAGAAGAUCUAGCAACAAAGGAAGAAUGUGACAGACUUAAAAAACAACUAUCUGAACUGAAGAAGGAGAUGAAAAGGCUCAAGGCAUAUGUCUCGUCUCAACAGGAACCACUUGAUUAUGAGCAAUCCAAACUAGAGUUACAAACAAUGUUGAUAAAGCAUUACAGAGAAGAUAUACUACGCAUGGCAGUACUUCCACAACAACAAGAGGAUAAUAUGAUUGACUUUAAAGAUGUGUACGUUAGACCACGAAUGAUGAUUGAAUCAAAAGAUGAAUCAGAUAAUAAACCAAAGGUUACAGAUAUGCUAUCAAUGUCUGACAUUUUUACAAUAGACAGUAAACCUAUAAAAUCCAUCUACGUUCUUGGAGAGGCGGGAUGUGGUAAAAGUAGUUUCUGUAAAAGUUUAGUAAAUUACUGGUGUUUGGCACAUUCUGAAGAAGUACAAAGUAUUGAAGAUGAGUUCAGUGGGGUCAAAGAAAUGAAGAAAUUCAACUUCUUGUUUCUUCUUCCUCUCCGUCAUUAUACAGAUAAAAUAAAAAUCAAAGAAAUGUUGGAAGAAGAGUAUGAGCAUCCUGCUCUUAAGAAGCUUCUUGAUUGUGAGUCUCGAACCUGUCUCGUUGUCCUUGAUGGUCUUGAUGAAUGGGCUCCUCCGCCCACAAAACGUCUGAUCAAAAGCCCCCCAAAGCGUGACUCAUUGAAGGAUUAUACCGUCAUAACAACGUCACGACCAUGGAAAAUUGAAUCAUUAGGAAUAACUGAUUAUGAGAUACGACAAAAAAUUAUCAUUACAGGGAUUGAUGAUACAUCCAUUAAGAUGAUUAUAAAAAGUACGGUUCCACUAUUAAACAAGACGUUUACGAAAAACAAAAACUCAAUUGAUUGUGAAAAGGCGCUUGAAAACAAAUCAGUGGCAAGUCUAACCCACACAGCAAUUACGCUGCAACAGCUGAUUUGCUUGUGGUAUGACAACAAACUUCGUGACGGAAUCUCAAGAUGUGCCCUAUACACUGAAAUGCUGGACCUGUUCUUUGAUUGGAAUGAGAAAAAAUGCCCCGAAGAUCCCCUGUCCACAGAAAUGAUUAACACAUCGGAAAGCCUGAAAAAUGUACAGCUUCCUCUGUAUUUGACAGAUAAUGAAUUCUGUAAAUCAUAUAGUCAUAUCAUUCAUGAAGUAUCACGGCUUGCUUAUGAAACAUUGUUCAAUAACAUGAAAGAAACAUCUUUGACAUUUGACAGUUCUACUUUUGAACAACUGAAAAUAUCAGAAAAAGUAAAUUCAUGUUGUUUGAAACUGGGAAUCUUGACUGAAAGUAAAUGCCAAAGUCUGUGUGCAAGUAGAAGUCGAAAGUCUGUAACUGCAUUUGUUCACAAGUCAUUUCAAGAAUAUUUGGCUGCAGUAUAUAUUGCUAUCAAAUUCAACGCUGAUGUAUCGUCGGCUGGCUCGGAAAAUGUGUAUUUGUCUGAUAAGUGUGCAGCAUUUAUUCAAAGAGUAUUCUCCAAUUGCACGACUUUGGAUGAAACAUUAGAACAAGCAAAUGUAUUUAUUAUGUUAUGUGGUCUGGAGCCUCGAAUCGCUACAUCCGUAUCAAAGUAUAUAGCCUAUAUUGUUACAAGAGACAAACGUGUCCUGCAGUACAGAAGAACGAUAGAUGAUGAAUACAGACAUAGAGGUCUUAUAUCAACUAUCCAGGGAUGUAUUAUAAACUGUAUAGAAGAAGUACAAGCAUGUCAAACUCGUAUACAGUGUAACUUUUAUCUAGGUGACAUUUUGGUAACGAGGGAGUCUCUUUGCGGUAAUUUCUGCUCAAAUUUAGAACAGUACAUUUCUCCUGACAGUGUCAUUUCGUUAAGAAUUAAUACAUUUAAUGUGGAAAUGAAUCUUGAAAGAGUAUGGAAUUUUUUGCAGAAAUGUCAGCAUAUUGAAGCAAUGUACAUUAAUUACUGGGAUAGCAGUAAAAUUGAUGAUGAAGAUAUCAAGACUUUCUGUCACGUAAUUGAAGGUAAUACUUCAACUCUGAAAUCGCUGUAUGUAGAUUUUAACCCUGAAAAUGAUAUGAAACAUAUACAUAAAACAAUAGUCCGUCGUCUGUCUGAUAUGAGUCAUCUUGUCGCGUUAAAGAUACAUUUUAGCAUUAUACCACAAGAAGACUUUACCUCAUUAUGCACUUUCCUAUCAGAUAGCAGUCAUCUUGAACAGAUAUCGAUUUGUGGUACAACAUGUGAGGUCUGUUCAUACAGUUCCAAGUGCAGGAAACAGCAUGAAGUAAAUUUAUCAAAGCAUCAACAGCUACAGUACCUGGAAUACGAUAACUCUAUGACUCGCGUUAACACUUCCAGCCUAGAAAUAUUUGAAUAUUUAUCAUUGGAGAACACAACCUGUGAGAAAGUAUUUGAUAUACUUAGUACAGCUAACAAAUUAACAGAACUUUAUUUGCAGUAUGAUACCCGCAGUUAUAACAAGCCAUCAUAUCAUACUGUAGCAGACAAAUUGAUUGCAUUGUUACCAUUACUGCCCCAGCUCCGUAAACUUACUUUAAGUUUGUUUACAUUUACUGACAAUAUAAUGAAAUGUCCAUCUGAGAUGAAGAAUAUGGAGAUCAUUUAUCUUCGUUCUGUCAGAAUGAGCUUGACAACAUGGCAGCAGUUUGUUGAUAGUCUUCCUCUAAUACCACUACCUGUAAAUGUGAUAGCAUUGGGAAUGUGUAUAACACGAGAUGGAGAGGAAUAUGAACCUGGUAUGUUCGCAAUAAAAGGAGGAAAGGAAGCAGCUGCAUUGCUGUAUGUUAGAGAACAGGAGGAGUUGUUCAAUGUGGAAUAUGAACAUGAAACUUCACAUCAAUUUUCAACAAGGAAGUAAUAUCCAUCAGUAUAAAUCAUUACUGUUAACUUUUAAAACACAGAUGACCGUUUCUUAUUUUGUACUGAUAGUUGAAAUAAAGAAUAUGUGUCAUAGUUGUAGAUAUACAGCAACCAAUUUCUAGUGACAUAUUUUGUUUAGAAGAGUAUUUAUAAUUACCAUGAGGUAAUUAAGAAUUAUUCUAUGUUUUGCUAUACUAUUUGAUUACUUGUUGUUUUUUUAGUUGAUUAUAGAACUAUAUAGUUGUAAAACUAACCUGGAAAUUUUUUAUACUGGUACAAAACAGGAAACGUUCUUUAAUGUGGUAUAUGAAGUUUAAUUAAAUAAGGAACUAAUAUUCACCUGCAUAAGUCAUUAGUGUUGUUACAAUGAUGACUUUUUUAAUUGCUGUAAAGGUUUGAAUAAGGAAAUUAUGUCAAAAUCGUGAAAACGAUAUACAGUCAAAUCUGUAUAUAAGGACCAUGGUAAGAAAUGAUGAAAAGAGGUCUUUCUUUACAUGUGUUGUAAAAUAUGAAUUAUGAAAACAAGCAAAUUUAAAUUUAGUGCGAAAACACCUAAUGAAGUUUUAUGUUGCAAUAAUGAUCUAUUUUGAUAAGAUUUUGUACGAAUUACAUAGAUAAAAUUA